GCGCUGAGCCGGACAGUGCCUUCCCUGCUGCCAGUGCCGAGACCCCCGCUGCCUGCAGCCUCCUCCCGGCAUCAUGCCCCGAUCAUUCCUGGUAAAGAAACACUUCUCUGCCACCAAGAAGCCGAACUACAGCGAGCUGGAGAGCCAGACAGUGUACAUCUCUCCGUUCCUGUACGACAAGUUCUCCAUCCCUGUGAUCCCCCAGCCUGAGAUCCUGAGCACAGGAGCUUACUUCUCCCCUCUGGUCUGGGAUACCAGCUUACUUACUACCUUCUUCACCACUGAGCCUGACUACAGCAAGUCUCCCAUCUCCACAUCCAGCGAUGACUCCAAACCUCUGGACCUCACCUCCUUCUCCAGCGAGGACGAUGAGGGGAAGACCUCGGACCCCCCUAGUCCUGCCUCCUCAGCCACAGAAGCUGAGAAGUUCCACUGUAACCUAUGCAGCAAGUCUUACUCCACCUUUGCUGGACUCUCUAAGCACAAGCAGCUCCACUGUGACUCACAGACCAGAAAGUCUUUCAGCUGCAAGUACUGUGAGAAGGAAUAUGUCAGUUUAGGGGCCCUAAAGAUGCACAUCAGGAGCCACACGCUGCCCUGUGUCUGCAAGAUCUGCGGAAAGGCUUUCUCCAGACCUUGGCUUCUACAGGGACACAUCAGAACACACACAGGUGAGAAACCAUUUUCCUGCACACAUUGUAACCGGGCCUUCGCUGACCGCUCUAAUCUCCGCGCUCACCUGCAGACCCAUUCAGAUGUCAAGAAAUAUCAGUGCAGAUCCUGCUCCAGGACUUUCUCACGCAUGUCCCUCCUUCACAAGCACGAAGAGUCGGGCUGCUCUGGGAGCCAUUGAUCGGUUCUUGUGCACAAGUGACUGUGAAAGACGUUACAAAGGGUUAUCGGGGGCCCCCUAAAUACAAGUGCCUUGGCUGAGUGCAGCAGGCGCGCUCCUGUGGUUUUUGGGGUAUCUAUGACACUUAUAUAAUGCUCUUAGGUGCUGAAAUGAGCUCGCUGUGUUCCAGAGCCUUAUUGCGACACCCGCUCCAUGAGUGUCACCAGCGACGUUGUGAGGUGCUGAAAACCAACGAAAUUCCACUGCGACUCAUAGUCGUCUAGACAAGCGCCGAAACCUUGUGGUUCGCAAAACACGUAAAAGCGGCAGGUUAUAGAAACCAAAUUCCUUCUUUGUUUUAUGGAAGCAGAAAGAGGGCUAUUUCUUCUAUUUUUAUGAAGGACGGAGUCAAAGUGUUUAAAAUGCAUUCAUAUUUUUGUGAUUGUAUAUAAAAAAAAAAUGUAUAUGCCAAGAAGGUGUUAUUAUGCAGCGGUGAUCUCCCUCUUACAGGGCAGCUGUUCGUCCGCAGCACAAUGGCUGCAGCAUUAACAAUGAUCAGGAAAGAGCGAGCCGCUUGCGGUUACCAAACAACAAUUGUGUUUACAGAGCUCUUGAGCACCUGUUAAUGCGACUCUUAAACAACUGCCUUUCAUGCGAUCUCACAUUAAUAGCGAGCAGUUGUCAGCCGAUACAAUGGCUGCUUGUGAGCGCCAGCCCACGGACAGGUGGACGCCAAAGAACUCCUAUUUAUG